UGUUGUAUGGCGGAGGAGCACUUAGGCUGCGUUUACACUUCGCAUUAACGUGCGACCUGUAUCCGGAUGUUGUCCACAUACACAUUGAAAAGACAAGUGUAAACGCGUCUGUGAUCGGAAUGUUAUCUGAUCUGUGUGUCCUGAUGCAGAGGUAGUCGAGGACGCUUUGUGAUCGGAUCUCAGUGUAAUGUAGUGUCUCAGUGUCCAAGCAUCGUAUCUGCAUUUACAGGUCAACGUCACACAAAACCCCACCCAUUAUCAUUUCCUCUCACUGACAGCUGUCAAAAAUAAACAACGUUAGAUCAUGGAGCGCAGGUGAAAGACGCACAAAUUCAUAUUUGUGGAGCAAUGCUAGCUAAGCUUGAAAGUAUCUUAAUAAAUCGAUACAAAGCAUUUUAACACUGCUGACUGUAUGUAACUUAUUCAGGCAUAUGUUUCCACUAUUUAUGGAGUGAUUUAAUAUUUAAUGGCAGAAUUGAUCGUUAUAAUGUUUGAGUUUCCAUGGCGACAUAUCAACUUGAAUGUUGCGCUUCUUUUUGGUCAGUCGUCUGUUUCAAUAUCAUUUAACACAUUUUAAGUUACUUGAAAACGCGUACAAACCAUAAUAACAUUAACCAAAAACAUUUAUUCAGUGUGGGUUUUAUGCAAAGUAAGUUACUUAUAAAUGUGUUUGUAUAAAAUACAAUAGGCUACUUCACUUCUUACGCACUAUAGAGGGAGACAUGAACAGGAAAUUUAGGAAAUUGUUAUGUCUUUUAGUUAAAUCAUAUUCGUAAAUCAUAAAUCAAAACGUAUAAGUUCAGGCUGAGCAAAUCAAAAGCCUGUUAUUAAGGCAGACAAAAAGUUGGGAUGGUCAUCCUAAGGUUUCACACAGAUUUUGUUGGUGAUGAAAAGCAUGCGGGGGAAAGUCAAGUUCAGGUAACGUCGGCUGAAACGUGAAUUCCCAGUGCAGAUGUUUCAGAUAAACAAAGAUAAAGCCUUUAAAGAUAAAAAAUAAUAAUAAUUCAAAUGUGAACAUCGCGUUUUUUGGGUUUGCUAGUUAUUCUCUGCUGUUGGCUUCUCAGUAAGACUGUACAAUACGGGAUUGCGAUUACCGCGACAACCCUAAAUAAAGUAGCCAUCUGUGAUUGACAGCUAUCCAUCCAGCAGGUCUCCCUGAACGGGAUCCGAUCACACAUCCAGAUACAGAAGCCACUUUGAUGUUGACAAAUGUAAACACGCCAUGUCCUGAUAUACUGAUGAUCAGGUCUGCGUGAACGAAUCACCAAGAUCGCAUGUUAAUGCAAAGUCUAAAUGCAGCCUUAGUUUGCAGCACUUCGACGUCUGGCACAGUAACAUCAUCAGUUCACAGGAGUGAACUUAGUGCUCUUCCGCCAUACAAUAUAGUUCUCAUUUUUAUCUACUUAAAAAAUCACCACGUUUUAUUUUGUGCCACCAUACGUGUAACUACUCAUGUAAAAAUCUUUAAAUACCCACCUUGGUAUUAUUUCUGUGCUUACUGUGUUGGCUUACUGUUUGUAUUUUCUUCAUGUUUGUCUUAUCGUUUAACAAACAUGGCUCACACUGUUGUGAUCUGAUUCUCUAUACAGUAUGCUGUCUGGUUCACUCUGUAGUUCCCAAAAUAAAGGUGAUUAUUAAACAGCUUGAAAUAGCCAAAAAAGAAAUACUCUGACUGCCACUGGUAAUUUGAAAAAGAGGCAGAAGAAGUGAUGUGACUCAUGUCUGUAGCGUAGACACAUCUUGGGUGAUUUUUACAUGCAGGCAGUUCCUGGUUGUGAGCUGAUCACAUCAAGAAACAAAGGGAGAUAAUUUCAGGGAGAGCAUAAUAUCAUCAUUUCCUUUUUUUCAUCAUCAUUUCAUUUGAUUGUAAUGUUUCAAUUGAUCUUAUGUCAUCUUUUGUCAUGUUUUAUAAAGAGGCAAAGUAAUGGGGAAAAUAUGGACAGGGAGCUUUUGGAGAAAAUAAAAUUACACCAUGGAUUCAGUUCUGCUACUUCAGUUACUCCACCUUCACCUACCUCAUGUCCACCUCCCUCAUCGUUGUCUGCUCCACCUUCGCGUACCUCACCUUCUUCCAUACCACCACUUUCUAAAGCUCCACAUGCACCACUGUCAGCUCCACCUACACCUUCCUCUUCAUUGUCUGCUCCACCAUCACGUACCUCAUCUAAAGCUCCACGUGCACAACUGUCAGCUCCACCUUCACCUGCCUCAUGGUUGUCUGGUCCACCUUCAUUUACAUCACCUAAAGCUCCAAGUGCAACACUGUCAGCUCCACCUUCACCUGCCUCAUCGUCGUCUACAUCACUUACCUCACCUAAAGCUCCACGUGCAACACUGUCAGCUCCACCUUCACCUGCCUCAUGGUUGUCUGCUCCACCUUCACGUGCCUCAUCGUUGUCUGCUCCACUUUCAAAUACCUCAGUUAAAGCUCAACAUGCACCACUGUCAGCUCCACCUUCACCUGCUUCAUCGUUGUCUGCUCCACCUUCAAAUACCUCACCUAAAUCUACACGUGCACCAAUGUCAGCUCCAUCUUCACCUGCCUCAUCGUCAUCUACAUCAUCGUCACCUACAUCACUUAUCUCACCUUCUUCUGACAUAAUAGCAGAAUUAAAGGCAGAAAAUGAAGCCCUCAAAAUGGAGUUAGACAACUUGAAAACAAGUGUUAUUAGUCAAAUGCCAAAACUUCUCAGCACAAUGUGCAAGUUGGAAAAAUGGCUUGAAGUGAAGGAGCAGAGCCCAUUCCAACAACUGGCAUCACCUUCUACCAUACAGGAAUCUCUUGAAAUUUACCCAGACUCAGGAGUCUGUGUGCCGAAAAAUGUGUUGUGGUCAGCUAACCAUGCAAACACCCCAACGACCAUGGCACGGAUGCUUCUAAUUGGAGUGUUUGAUAUAGAUACACUUCUAAAAAGCAAUCUCAGAGGUGGCACUUCCAAAAAAGGCAGCGCUGGGGAAACAAAGGAGGCACUGGACAGAAUUAAAAUUGAUGCAAUAAUGAAUGCAGUAAUCCAGAAAUUUCCUGGAACCACCAGAGGCCAAAUCGGGGUGGCUAUUAAUCAAAAGGUCACUGAGCUGCGGGCAUCCAAAAAGACGCUAGAAACAUAAAAAAUUAAAAAGAUUUUAGCAUUACCCGCUAGCAAAAGGAUCUCCUUGUGAUGGGUUUAAUUUAGUUGUUUUAACUGUUUUAAAAAGAAAUUAUAGCUUAAAGUAGGCUUGUUUCUUGUUUUGUUGUUUUAACAGUUUUAAAGAGUUUUUUUUAUAGCUAAACGUUUGUUUGUUUCAAUUUUUGUUGUAACUCUUUUAUUAACUUUUGCGAAUUGCAGUUUUUUUUAGGCUUAGGCUUGUUUUAUGUUUUGCUGUUCUAACUGUUUUAUUAACUUUUGCGAAUUGCAGAUUUUUUUAAGGCUUAGGCUUGU